CAGAAUACAGGUGUGAAAAGAAAACAAGACGGUUUACAUUAAAAUAGAAUGAGAGCUAUAGCUCGCAACGUUCAACAUACAGCCAUGGAUUUAGCUUAUAGCAACGCAGCUUUUUCGUUUUGGCCAAAACUGAUAAUUGUUUUAAUUGUGUUGGUGACUGCUAAUGCAUCUAGCGAGAACGCUAAAACAGUGGAGUUCAACGUUAAACCGGGAGGUGUUGUGCAUUCAUUUUCUGAGAAAAUUAAAGACUAUGAAUGCACAUUCACCUAUGCUUCACAAGGAGGGACCAAUGAGCAAUGGCAGAUGAGUGUGGGUUUGAGUGAUGAUGACAGGCUCUUCUCUUGCUCAGUGUGGAGGCCCCAAGGGAAAUCCUACUUGUUUUUCACACAGUUCAAAGCUGAGAUUAAAGGAGCGAAGAUUGAAUACGCCAGUGCAUAUUCCCAGGCAGCUGUAGGAGGUUUAAAGGAUGUGGCUCUGAAGGGAGAAGAGUACAUAAUUGGUGACUCCACAGUGACUCACAAAGAUGGAAAAUUCCGGGCUGAACUCUCCAAACUCACCAUCAUUGGUAGGACACGUCAUGACGAGCUCUGAUUGGUUUAACUUUGAGACGUUUACGCUUAGAAAAAGGGAAAUAAAUGGAUGGAUGUGGCUCUAGUCCCAGAAUCUCUGUUACUAAACUGUUUCCUGACAUCACUGAGCACCAGAGAUUCAGCCAGAAGAAGAGAUGAAUGAUGUCCGUAUUUUCCUCCAGUUUUUGGAUUCCUCCACUUUUCAAAAAACAAGCAUUUCUGUCAUCUGCCUGUACCUGAAGGGGAUUAAAAAAAACAAAACAAGAGGUUCUACUUUUCUACCACACUUUGACAAAGCAAUAUAUUUUCAGUUUCUGUCAUCAUGAUCUGGUAAUAGUCUAAAUAAAUGUGAAUAAAUAAGUUUGUGUUACCAUG